CUCUUCUGCUCCCUGUAAUGGUUCUCUUCUACACACGCACAUUUUGUGUGUCCUCUAAAACCUUAUCCCCAUUCCCUCUACUCUUCAACUUCUCUGCGGCUCCGCGAGAAACGAAACGCAGCGAGCAUGUGAGCCGCGAACCCCCUCCCGCCCCCCAAAAUAAUGCCGCCGCCCUUGACCUCCGUCUCCGCCGGAACGACGACCCCGCUCCCACGGCCACCCGCCGCCGUCUCAUCCGCCGCAUCACCAUCGAGAAGGCAACUACUGCUGCUAUCCACCUUCCCCCUGCUCCUCAUCCCGCCCACCACCUCCACCGCCGCCGCAUCAGCACCCGCCGCCGCCUACGACCCAACAACCGAAUCGGAGCGCGCGGCGAGCGCAGCCCUGUCCCUCCGCGUCGGGGAAGCCGUGCGGCUCCUCGACCUGGGCCGGGACCUGCAGGCCCGGGGCGACUUCCCGUCGGCGCUGGCGUCCUUCACGGCGGUGGUGCGCGGGUACAAGGACCUGGCCCUCUCCGAGUACGCGCGCGUGGGGCGGGCGCUGGUGCUGUACGAGAUCGGCGACCGCGACGAGUCCAUCGCGGAGAUGGAGGACGUCUCCGUCGCGCUCAAGGGCUACCCGGAGAUCCACGCGGCCCUGGCGGCCGCGCUCUACGCCGACAAGCACGCGCCGCUGCUCGCCGAGAACCAGUUCGCCAUCGCCACCCUGCUCGACCCGCACUACACCGACCUGGCAUACGUCAGGGACACCAAGCACUGGCCGCCCAGCCUCGUCAGCUCCCUCAGGAACUUCAUCACCCUCUCCUAGUCCUAGUUCCUCAUCAAUCCCUGAUACUAGUAGCAGUGGUUUGGUUUCUCUUGCUGGUCUGCUGUACAAUCGAAUUCCUCGCAUAUACACAGAAGAAGAAAGUCUAAUGAUCCUAUAUGUCUGGAAACAUACAGAAGAUCGAAUUACGCUUGUAAUUUUGGUCGUUGCCUGACAAGAUCAGUAUACUAUACAGAAGAGUGUGCAACGUACACUUGUCCUUCAGUAGUCAGUGAUCAAGUAAUUCAGUACACUUGCUAGAGGUCUAGAAGCUCUUGCUCACAACAUUUUUAAGUAGCACCAUUAAUUCGAUGGUUCUAUCAGAGUUUCAAAUCACCAGCAGGCAGCUUGUUCCAACUUCCAACUAGCUCAUUUCUGCAGAUUGUGCCCAUGUCCAAACCAUCGUCUAUUUAUGAACAGAGGUAGUAGCAAAGUAAAAUGUCUAGCUAGAUGAUCUGGUUAUAAUAUAGAGUUGUCGUGUUCAUUCUCAGGGACCAAAGUACCAGCAGAGUUUAGUUUCGAACAGCUCAGCCAAAUCAAAAUUUGGUUUC